AUGUCGGUGGAUCCGGAGUUGGUUUCCAAAAUCCAGGCAGCUUCUGCCAAGGCUUCUGCAGCCCUCGGCACGGCAGAUGCGCUUUUAAUCUGCACUGGCGCAGGUAUGGGGGUAGAUUCAGGCUUGGGAACUUUCCGUGGCCGCUACGCAGGCGUCUGGCCACAGCUGAAAGCCAUGAGGAUGGACUUCAGCGAGAUGUCGCAGCCAGUGUUUUUUGAUUGCGACCCACGCUUGGCCUGGGCUUUCUGGAAGUUCCGGCAUGAUGCCUACACGCUUGGCAAGCCGCAUGAUGGUUACCGGCUUCUUUCACAAUGGGGCCAGAUGAUGAGAUAUGGGUGCUUCUCGGUGACGUCGAACAUCGAUGGCCACUGGGAACGUACAGAAGGCAUUGGCGAAAAGAAGCUUUACGAAUGCCAUGGAGCACUCACGCGGAUGCAAUGCGUUGACGAUCAUGGCAGCAUAUGGGCGACGGACCCGGAAGGGAAAAUCUGGAGGACUGAUCCCGAGGAAAUCGCCAAAAUAGCCGUGCCAGAAUGGGACCUGUCUCCGGGAGAGCAGGUCAUCGUACGAUAUUCUGGUGGCGAGGCAGAAGCAGUUGUGCAGGAAGAUGGAUGCUCGUUGGAGGUCAAUGGGCGCCCAGUUGCGGCUGAGGCCGUGCGCCGGAAGGACGGUCCAGAUCUCCUCAGGACAUUUCCUGCCUCGCCUCUGCCUUUGAGUCCAGAGAAGAAACCAGCCCGACCAAACGUCCUCAUGUUCGGUGACCGGGGCGUAAACUGUGCCGUCAUUUGUCAGCAGAGGCGUGCUUUCCAGGAUUGGCUGGGGCAGAUUCCUCCCUCUGCAAACCUGGUGGUAGUUGAAGUUGGAGCGGGCAAAGCAGUGCCAACUAUCCGCCAUCACUCCGAGCGAGUCUUGGAGGACUACCCGAACGCAAAAAUGAUUCGAAUCAAUUGGGAUGAUAGCGAUGUGCCCCAGUCCUUGAAAGCGAGGAGCGUAUCCAUCGGAGGGCUGGGUGCAUUAGAGGUCUUGACCCGCAUUGACCGACAGCUUUCAGGCACUUAA